AGUGAAAGAAAUUUUUUCAUUUCUCAUUCAUAAUUUAAAAUCUGUAUUUCUUUUCGCCGAUUUUUGCAUACACGAAAUUUGUGCAAACGUAAGUUUCGUCUUGCAGGGCAAAUGUCACUGUCAAGAAAGAUUCGAAGGUGAAGCUUGUGAGAUUGAACCGUGCUUACAUGGUGGACGAAAGUCGAGAACAGGAAAGUGUCAGUGCCCAUACGGUCUUACAGGUGAACGAUGUGAAACAGUAACACAGUGUAUCGAAGGGAAGGGCAGACUUGUGAAUGGUCGUUGUAAAUGCGAAGAUCGCUGGACUGGUAUGGGCAGUUUCUGCUUAUGCGAUAUAGGCUUCACAGGACCGUUCUGUGAGACACCGAUUGAAUGCAUUCAUGGAACAAUCACGGCUGAAAAUUUUUGUUCUUGUGAGCCGAACUGGGCUGGCGAAGACUGUAGUCAAUGCGCCUACGUUCGAAAUCCGAAAGCAGUAAACAUGUGGUCACUAACACUGGUUGCUUCAGCAGCAGUACUCUUUGUGGUACUGGUCGCCAGCACGGCCACUAUAUACAUGAAGAAAUGUCGUAGUAAGCCAAGUAGGGUUAGUUCAGAUGCUGGAACUGAUGUCUAACA